CCAGAAUGAGUCGGUCGUCCCGCGGCAUAGAUCUGAGUUUCUUAAAUGGCGAGGAAGCCCGGCAGAUCCUCAAGGUGUUGGAGCGGGACACGCAACUCAAAAAAGCGGAAAAAGAAAGGCUGAGCAAAUUUCAAAAGAAAAAUGAAGAUGCAACAGGGUAUCCGGGCAUGAGAGGAGAAUGGCUUGAAGAUUUCCAGAAGAGAAAAUUUCAAAGUGAGACUGAUAUCAGCAGAAUUCCGAAACAACCACUAGUUCACCGGUUGAAAAAGGCCAUGGGAAAUAAUUCUGCAAACACAAAGGGCUCUGCUUUGGAAGUCCCACCAGCCCAGAAGCCUGGAUCCACUUCCAUCCUCGAAGGACUGAGAACCCCAUUUGCUUCUCUGUUCUCGUCCUUCAAGAAAUCCAAGAAGCAGCACCUGAAGCCUCCCCACAAGCAGCAGCAGCAGAACUCUUCACAAUAUGACCACAUGACUUCAGAUGCCCACACAUCUUUCAAAGCAGAAGAAAUGGCAACGACCCAGAUAUGCAACUCCUCUUUGCCCUCUGAACCUACAAAUAAAUGCCUUGAUGCAAACAUCACUCAUGUGAUGGACAGCACGUCAACAUGGAAUGAGGAGCUGGAAAAUGAGCUUUUAAAAGUUUUGGACUGUUUGGAUAGCCAACUGGCACAAGAACAAUCUCAAGAUACUAUGAAUACAAGGACUCCGACUAACUAUGGCUCUACAGCACCAAAAAUCCAUCAUCAUUCCACUGUUGUGCAACCAAAUUUCCUUGGAGAAGUACAGAGAAAUGACCAGAACUUGUUUUCCCCAGAUAGAACAAGGACAUUAAGAGCCAGAAAUAAAUACAAAACUUUCUUCACACCAAGGAGGCUUUAUGAUACCUAUACAAAGCAACAUCACAUAGAAAAAUACCCAUAUGGGGAUUUGUGUGAUGAAAGAUCUUCUUUUUUAAAGAGAGGAUAUUCUGCUUGUUCUCUUGGACAUUCUUCAGAAGAUAGGUUGGCAUUUUCAUCAGAACCAUACAGUAAUGGAUUUGGUCCUAAGAACUUCAUGUCCAAGAAUAAAAUGGGCAGAAGUUACUCUUUGUCUUGCCUUACAAGGCGCUCGUCUUUGAUGUCUGCUGACAUGUUUUCCCCUGGUAGCUUACAGCACAAUUCGGAAAGCAAUACGGACUUCACAAAAUUUAAUUUCCAGCAUCAGUCCAGACGGACUCCUCUUUCAUCUAUUAUAUGGAAUAUGCCACAGUCUUCUAGGCAUUCACUACAUCCAGACAGACUUCGUAGAACACAGUCAUUAAUAGAAUUUAACACAGCAUUCGAGGACUCCCAUCCUUGUUCUCCAGAGGAAAAUACAAGGUAUAAAUUUUAUAGAUCAAAAAUGAAUUAUAGACAAGUAAUACCAAAUAAGAGCCAUCCUUUAUUCACUGAGAGACGAAUAGACCCUCUGUGUUUCGACAGUCGGGAGAAUUUUAUGUUACAUCCAUUGAAAAAUGUUUCAAAGCCAUGUUACAGAUACCCAUCAUUUCAUGGUAAAAUGAAUCGGUCCCCAAACAAUUUUCCUUUUGGAAGAACAGAGGAGUAUCCUUUUAGAUGUGAUAAUCAUCAGUAUUUCAGUGAUGCUAACCAUGUCCCUGAUGUAAACUUUGAACAGCUGAUUGAGCGGCGAAGUGACUAUGGAAAAAAAAGAGACGUAUGGCAAAGUGAACAUAUGCAUGACCAUGUUUCAGAAUACACAAAGAGUAGGGACCAUCCAGGAAGAGCAAUUAACAAAUUGCUUGUAAAGGGUUCAAGAGGCAUGCAAAAAGGUGCAACUUAUGUCUCAGCUGCUUUGGAGAACCAAACUGAAUGUGCCGAGCCAAGUCAAAGUCAUUUUAGUGGGGAUAGUCAAGUUCCUUCAAAGACAUUUGUUAAACCCUUUCAAACCAAAAAGAGCUCAAAAAUGAGUGGCAUGGACGAGAUGAUUGGUGCUGAUCAGUCAGAUAAAGUGGAUAGUAUGGACAUAAAAAAGCCAAUAUUAAUUCAAGCAUUUGGACGAAUAAAAACAAACAAUCCAACAGAAUCUCAGAUGUCUCCUCCUACAGUCUCUUCUCAAGCUGCACCUCCUAUGAGCAGAUCCCUCCAUCCACCUUUUAUAUUAAAUUCAAAAAGGCAAGCCAAGGCAAAUCCCUUAGGGCGCAUUGAAAACAUUUGUUUAUCAAAUAUUCACAGUAAAAAUGGCCAAAGAAAUGAAGACAACAGCACUGAAAGCAACGGUGUAAAGCAAGCAUGUCCCCCAUACCUUAUUGCUAAUCCUUCAAAGCUGUCAAUUCUUCAAAGUAACCCUCAAGAGGAGCACAGGUUGGAAACUUUGAAAGCAUUUAACCCUGACAAGAUGUUAAACCCUGUUUUCAUUGAAGACUCCAAAGUACUUCCAAACAAUGAUUUCCCAGUUUCUUAUGCUGAAACACUCCAUAAACCAAAUAGAUUUGUUAGAUAUUCAACUAGUAAUAGUGUUAGUGGCUCACAGAGCAGCAGCCCUCUCAAAUCUCCUAAAACACAUAAGACAUUAUUUCAAAAAUCAGCUAGUAUUGAUGGAAGUGAUCUCUCUAAAAAACACAUCUCUCCCCCUACAAGGAAGAUCCCUUGCAGAAAUAAGAGGAUGGGGGAGGAUAACUUAGAAGCCCAUGUACCAAACAGACUUGGGAAUAUUUAUUCAAAUAAGGGAGAUAAAAGCUCUUUGUUCAGCUCAUCCUGCUCAUCCUUAAACAAAUUGUCCAAAGAAAUGGCUGAAGAAAAAAAUAAACAAAUUAAAAAGUAUCACAUGCAUUUAAUUCAAGCUCCUAACUGCCCAUCGGGGAGUACUAAUAUAAUUGGCAGCAAACGGAAAAAAAGAGAUGAGAUGCUUGGUGCAGAGAAAGCAAUUUUUUCUUCUUCUGAAAAUGAGGAAACAGAGGCAGAAAAUCCUUUAAAGCAAUAUAAAACCACCAGCAAAUUGACCGUAAGCAUAUAUGAAGAUAAUGUAAAAUACCAUGAAUUGAUUUCGGUUUAUUAUACUUUACCACGGAAACAUUCACAAGCUUUGUGCAAUGUCUUCCCAGUAGAUACCAAAAAGGCAGAUUCAUCCUCGUCCCCAGAAAAACCGCAGACCCCUCAAAAGCAGUAUGAAGUUCGUGUCGGUAUGACAACUGUAGCUUUUCCACCCAGCUUAGAAAAAGGAGAAAAAAUUAUUUCUCCUGACAAAAUGCCUGCUCCUGAUAUACAACAGGAUUCAAAAAAUAUAGGCAAUCCUAUUAAAGUUCUCCAAGUUUCAAAUCCCAUUGUGGAAACAGCAGAUGUUUCUCCAGCACAUUGUUCAAUGAAUAAUAAAAAAGAAAUAGUUGUAUCAGGAGCAGAAGAGCUGGGACUUGCAAUUUCCAAUAGGCCACCUAUGGAUGGUUCUCCAGGUGGCCCCAAGCCCAGCAGAAAAGAGGUUGAAACAGUUAACACCAAUAUUUUGUCCAACCUGCAUGUUGGCAGGCGCUCUUCUCCAUGGACAGAGUCCUCAAAACUUGAUAAAAACUUACGUCUUAACUCACUGAAUUCCAAAAGUACCUCUUUGGGGGAUAUUUCUGCAGUUUCUUCUCCAAUAAAUGGUCAUAAAGGGAGUCCUGGCUAUAGACAGCCAUCUGCUGAAGCAUCAGCAAGCAUUCCUCCUUCCAAUUUAAUUGACAUUAUCCAGGACGGAAAACCCACUGCAUGCCCAGAAGUCGGCACCCGGGUAAAUGUCACUAAAGAAAAAAUUAGAAAUGCUGCAGAGAUCAAAGAAAGGGCUCGUUAUAUAUGUCGCAUUAUUUCUGAAAGGGGACAUCGGUUUCCACCGAGAAAUGAAAGUGUCAGAAAUGAAACAUCCAUUUCAACAAGCAAGAUGCAUUCAGCUUCCCAGAAUUUAACAGUGCCAGGGGAUGCUGCUUUUUCAGCUAAUGCAGUCAUUCAUCCAAAAGGGAAUGUGGUAGAAUGUUCAAAGCCUGAAGAGCAGGAGAUGCCUCAAAGUCCUGCACUCCGCAAAGUUGGCACAAAUUUACAGAGGUCUGAAAGAGUCUGUGUGGACAAUGAGAACCUUAGCUCUAAAGGUAAGCAAUCAGGUCCUACACAGGACUUGCCUGAGCACUUACUACCUGAAAGUAAGCUUGCCCUGGAUAGCCUUAAAAAUAAAGUUAAUGACAUAGAAAAAAGGAAAAAUAGGCCUUCAGUUAAAAACAAACUAGCAGCCAUGUGCAGAACAAGUCGAAAGUUUUCUAAUAAGAAAAGCUCAAGUCCCAAACCACACGUAAGUUGCAUAUUUUCACAAAAUGAUGCACUUUCAUUAGAGAAAAGCAUCCGCCAUCCCAUGUUGAUUUCACCCGAUGAUUCCCAGCAAAUAGGGAAUGAGAAUCAGAAUCAGGUUCCUCUACCUGGGGAAUUUGAUAUUCCAAGGCUGAGUAAAGUUGAAACUAAGAAAUUGCAAACUAAUGAAGAUAGGAGGCCUUUGACAAACUUGUGCAACCAAAAAAGAGAACAUUCUGGGCAAAGUGAUAAAAAUAUAAAGACCAUCCAAAAUUCUACCAUCCUAUUUUCAAAAUCAAUUAUGCCUGUGCUAAACAACAAUUUACAGACAGGUAGCAAAGUUUUAGAAAAUAACAGCCAUCCCAUUUUCUCCAAAUGCGCAGGAAUGGAUGCUUGCCCUCCAAAAAGAGGUCACUGUAAUGUUGGUGAGCUUUCAUCUUUUCCACUUUUGUCUGAUAAACAUGCAUACAUUAAAAACAAUUCAAAAACAAAUAUUUCUCCACUGCAAAAAUUGACUUCUCAAGCAGAAUGUGAUGAUUAUCAAGAUAAUGAGCAGUCAGAUAUCUUUAAAAAUGUAAACCAAUCCUGUGCCAAGCCAGUUCUAAAUCCCAGCAAAACCCAGCGUGAACGACAUUUUUCUGAAUGUUCCUAUACACAAAAACUCCAUGAUUAUUUGCCCCCUAAAAACAAUCUGAUACAGUCUGGAUAUAAUCGGAAAUUUAAGUCCUAUUCUGAACUGUUGUCCUGUGAUGAAAAUGAGAACUGGGACACAUACAAGGAGAAUAAAAGGAACUUUGGUUCGCGACCUAUCAUGUACCCCUCAAUUGAAUUUGGUAUUUUUGGAAAAGAACAACAGCAGGCUUUCUUAGAUAACAUAAAGAGGUCACUCACGGAAGGGCGGUUGUGGAAUCCAUGUCUUUUAAAGAACUUCAGGUCCAUUAAAAGGGAAGAUGGGUGCUCCUUAAAUGGGUUGGAGCUGUUGAAAUCAAGUGCUACAGAAGAACAGUUCCCAAAUGAACCUUUUGAUUUCCAUGAAGAAGCCUCUGCAUAUUCUUCAGAUUCUGACACUGACACCACCACAGAUGAUGAAUAUUAUCUGCAUGAGUAUGAGAAAGAAUCAGAACUAUGAGGAACUCAGCAGAUGUAGAAAGCAACUGCCUACUUGCUGACUUGUUGGUUGAUAGCUUAUAAAAGAGUAGGGACUGAAAACUUGACUAGCUUUCUAUAAAUGCGCUAAUUUGAACUCGGAUACUAAAUGGACAUAUUGCACUAAUCUAGUCUUCCACAAUGCUGGCUUUUCUCAAAUAUGUGGACUGCCAGAAUUCUAACAAAUAUCCUUGGAAUUAAGAUCCGCAUAUCUAGGGAAUGCUCAGGUUAUAGAAGCUCUGCGGAGAUGUACGGUAAUACGUUUGGUUUUAGGAUAGGGUACCGUAUGAACUCAGUAACUGUGGCUUAUAAACUGUGGUGUACUUUUUUGCGUGUUGCUUAAAUCCAACCAAUUGUGGUUUAUUCAAUAAACCAUGGUGAGAUAAGCUGUAACUUAAGAGUUAUGUAAACCUAGCCAUUACAGUGAUCGGCUUAAAAAUUUGUUUUUAAAUGGUAAAAAUCACCCUACAUUUGAAUCUCUAAUGGCACUGGAAAGAAUAAAGGAAUUGUCCUACUGGUUCUUAGAUGAGGUUUGCCUGCUUUUGCAGAGCAGGAUCUCUUUGUACCAGUUAACUUUGGCACAUAAUCAUAACACAGCUGCUUUGAUCAGCAAUUGAAUGUUUGCAUUCAACACAUCCAUAGCCUUUCUGUGUUUGAACAAAUCUAAAACUUCUACGUUUUAGGGAAAAAAAGGGAAGAUUCAAAAUAUGUGUAUAUUUAAUAUCCUGUAUGAGAAUAUAUUCCUUGAAUUGGAAAAUGUGUGUGUUUAUUAGAACUAUUCAAAUGAAAGGAGCUACUUCAAUGAGGUAACUAUCCUUAAGCUUCAAAUCAUGCUGAAGAUAUUGCAAGAGACUCUCUUAUUCAUAACAGUGAAAUUUUAAAAUACUACAUGUUCACUGAUUUCCACUUUAGUUUUUAAAAUUAGCCUAUUAAUAUGAUGUACAAAAUUGGUUCUUCUGAAAUGCUUAAUACUUUGUUAAAGAAGUAUGUGUAUGUACAGAAUGUACAGUAUACUUUUAAAUAUUUGUUUAGUAUGGCAGUUACACUUGAAAGUACUUCUACAGUAUAUAUUUAUAUUUUAGUUCAUGUAAAUGAAACCAUUCUAGUAAGAUUCUAAUUAAUUAUCUGUUCAUGUAAAAAUAUGUUCCUUAAAUGUGAAUUAUUUUGAAAAAAAAUAUCUGUGCAUUAAUUGCGCAUAUGGACUAAUGAAGCUGUACAGCUUUUUGCAUUGGAAAAAGACUUUGAAACUUGUAAAGCUUUAUUGAAGCUUUUUUUAUUGAAAACACUUGUAUGUGACAAGCUCAGAGUGCAGUCAAAAAGUCAUGCACAGGCGUAUGUUUACACACAUACAAAACUCUUCUUUAGUAUUUUCUUUUUGUGCUUUGCCUUUAUGACUUCGUUCCUUUGUACAUUGUAAAUACGUAAGUUGUUUGUUUUGAGAUUAAUUUUCAGGCCAUAUUAACUUCUGGUGAAUUUCUGUUCUAUGUAUCCAGGCGUUUUAACAGUAUGCUACCUGUAUAAACAAAACUGUAAUCCCACUGAAGAGCAAAAUUCCUUCAAUGCAACCUGAUCUCAUUAAUGCAAACAAUUGUUUGUUAUUUGCUCGCACGGGCAGGUACAAUCCCGUUGCAGAGUUAUCAGGUUCAAACGGGGAAGGUCAAUCUAUGGCAACUGAACCACCCAUUCCAAAGUCCAGGUAGAGCAGUGUUACAGGGCUGGAACUGAGGAGCAGAUGAAAUGUCUUAACUCCAGGACUGGUGUGUUUUCUCCCUUGUUUGGAGAAUAGGAUCCAGAUAAUUCCAAACCUCCCAAAUUCAAAAAUAUAUGAAUUUCAUGGGGUUUUCAAACAAUUUUGGACCUUAAGACUGAUUUGAUGGGUGGCAUUUUCCAAACCAUCUCUCCACUGCUUACCAGAAAGGCUAUUUCAGAGUGAGUGGCAGUAGACAAGUCCAAAGUAUGAAAAAAAUGUCACUCUAUUUAAAGAGCACUAUAUAGGAAGCCCCUUCUACAGUUUCAUAGAAUUUUGUUUGUAAAACAAGGCAACAGGCAGCAUAUUGGAUGUCUGAAACUAGGCAUUUAGUUAUAAAUAGUUUAGCAGUUUGUCCCCAGAAAUUUGGUGUUCUUCUGUCUUAUGUUGACCACCCAUGUUUUAUGUGAGCCUUCCCUAGUCCUUGUGUCUUCAAAUGUGCUGGGACUACAACUCCCAGAAUUCCUUGCCAGUCUAUUACAAUGCAAGCAUAUUUAGAUAUAACCAGGGAAACCUUUUUUUCAUUUGAAAUAAGCUAUUAAUAUUGACUACCAAUAUUUUAAAUAAAUGGACUAUAUUUAUGACCGACUCA